AUACGUCAAAUCCAUAAUAAUCGUUUGGAAGUGACAGAAAGGUGCAGAUUUGAGUGGUUCGACUUCAAAAAAAUAAACUCAGGAAAAAAUGUUACGUUCAUCAGCAUCUCGACUCUCCUGCAUCUUUAAAAGGGCAGUAAAUCCCGUAGUAUGUAAUUCUCAGAGAAAUAUGUCAUCAAAACAAGAUGAAAUUUAUUCAGACGAGUUCGAUUCCAGAUACGAAAAAUACUUCAAUAACAAGGAUAUUGAUGGUUGGCAAAUAAGGCAAGGAAUCAAUGAUCUGGUUGGUCAUGAUUUGGUUCCAGAACCAAAGAUAAUAAUCGCUGCUUUGCAUGCUUGUCGUAGAGUAAACGACUUCGCCUUAACUGUGAGAAUACUGGAAUCUAUUAAGGACAAGUGUGGAGGCAGAGUAAACGAAAUAUAUCCAUACAUUCUUCAAGAAAUAAGACCAACCUUAGAUGAACUAGGAAUUAACACCCCAGAAGAGUUGGGCUAUGAUAAGCCUGAAUUAGCUUUAGAGUCUCCUGAUGAUAUGCAUUGAAUAAGUAUGUUACAUAAAUUGUAAUAGAAAAUUCUACAUAGUAAAAAACCGUUGAAUAAGUUAUGUUUUGUAUUUUAAAAUGUCCUAGUUUCGAACUUAAUAAAUAAAUGAGUAAACUUUU